AUGGAGAACGGAAACCCUGAUUCUGUGGGCGAGGGCACCAUCAACGGGGGCGUGGGGAGCGAGCCUCCGUCGCCGGACCAGAAGGAUACGCCGCCCAUCUUCCCGUUCCUAAACAACAGCACCGACACUCCGCCCGUCACUGCAGGCCAAGCUGCCCAGGCUCGCGCAGCCGACGACGACACCGAUGAUGACGAGCCGGCCGUCGCGAAGCCAUUCGUUCGAACCACAAGCCCCGACUCUGCACGCUCGACGCCGAACAGCACCUUCGAAGAGGAUGACAUUGCCACAGAAACCGAGGUCGUGGAAGAUGGGAAGAGGCGGCGACGUCUCGUGCACAAGAUGCACAAGUACAGUCUAUACGAGACGGCAAGCAGAUACUACAUCGUGGGCGCCGAUGUCACAGAAAAACGCUAUCGUAUCCUCAAGAUAGAUCGGACGGCCGACGGCGACGACUUGAGCAUUACGGAUGAUAAGAUCAUGUACAGCCAGAAGGAGAUGAACCAGCUCCUAGACACUAUUGACGACGGCAACAAGGGUACAGGAGGUAUCAAGCUGAAAUGCACAACCUGGGGCCUAUUGGGCUUCAUCAAGUUCACGGGACCAUACUACAUGAUCUUGAUCACGAAGAAGAGCACAGUAGCCAUGAUCGGCGGGCACUACAUAUAUCAAGUUGACGGCACUGAACUUAUACCCCUGACGCCGGCGAAGUACAGGACAGAUCAGAGGAAUACGGAGGAAUCACGAUUUCUGUCCAUCCUGUCCAACCUGGAUCUGACGAGAUCCUUCUAUUACAGCUAUUCCUACGAUAUCACACGGACGCUACAACACAACAUCACCAAGGAGCGUGCUUCCAUGCUGAAGGGGCUACCCUGCUCAUGCGACGAUGAUCAGAACUCCAUGUUUGUCUGGAAUCACUAUCUGCUCCAACCGGCAACGCAAGCCUUGAAGGAUCCGUUUGACUGGUGUCGUCCCAUUAUUCACGGAUACAUAGACCAAGCAUCGAUCUCCAUUUAUGGCCGUACCGCUUUCAUCACCAUCAUAGCCCGCAGGAGUAGAUACUUCGCAGGAGCACGCUUCCUCAAGCGUGGUGCCAAUGAUCUUGGUUACGUGGCAAAUGAUGUCGAGACAGAGCAAAUCGUCUCUGAAGCAAACACGACCUCGUUUCAUGCUCCUGGAGGCCGGCUGUUUUCAAGUCCUAAUUACACCUCAUACGUGCAGCACCGGGGAAGUAUCCCGCUAUACUGGACGCAAGACAAUACGGGAGUUACUCCGAAACCACCCAUCGAGCUCAACCUAGUGGAUCCCUUCUACAGCGCAGCGGCACUGCACUUCGACAAUCUCUUUGAGCGAUACGGUUCGCCUAUAUACGUCCUCAAUUUGGUGAAAGCUCGGGAGCGCACACCCCGCGAAUCCAAGCUACUAGAGGAGUACUCCAAAGCAAUCAAGUACUUGAACCAGUUCCUACCCAAAGAGCACCAAAUCUACCACCGAGCGUGGGAUAUGUCACGCGCAGCCAAGGAUCGCAACCAGGAUGUCAUAGGUACUCUGGAGAAUAUUGCCGAGGAUGUGGUAAUGACGACAGGCUUCUUCCACAACGGUGAUGGCAGGACGAGCCCUACUGAAGUGCAGAAUGGUGUGGCCAGGACAAACUGUAUUGAUUGUCUGGAUCGUACCAACGCCGCACAAUUCGUCAUCGGCAAACGCGCUUUGGGUUAUCAACUUCAUGCUCUUGGAAUACUGGGUGACACGGUCGUCAACUACGACACGGACGCAGUGAAUUUGUUCACUCACAUGUAUCAUGAUCAUGGAGACACCAUUGCCGUGCAGUACGGCGGAUCGCAACUCGUCAACACCAUGGAGACGUAUCGGAAGAUCAACCAGUGGACUAGUCAUUCGCGAGACAUGCUGGAAAGCUUCAAGCGAUACUACAACAAUUCAUUUAUGGAUGCGCAGAGACAAGAGGCGUACAAUCUGUUUUUAGGCAACUACAUCUUCGCCCAAGGACAGCCAAUGCUGUGGGAUUUGGCAACGGAUUAUUAUCUGCAUCACGCAAACCCUCGCACGUGGUCUGAGGUUCGGAAGCGUAGCUACAUCAAUUGGUACACUCCUCAAAAUCUUGAGAAGCGAUCGCUUCCACCUUUCCGUCCACCAAAAGGCCCAGCGAAGGAGAAGCCAGUCUCAUUCUUUGAUGACUAUUGGCUAGAGUACUACCGCCCUGCUACUCUGUCCUCAUUCCUAAAAAUGUUCCCGUACAAGAUGAAUUCCACUAUCAAGUACAUCCCUUUCAAGUCCACCCAGGAGGGCCGGUAUGAUUUGAGUCCCUUCCGUGUUCGCAACGAACUGGAAGGCGAUGCCCAGGAUAAGAAGAAGACUAAGAAGGAGGUGACGAUACUUGACCCUCAGGAGCUCGCGAAAGCGGGAGGUGAUGAUGAUGAUUCCACCAUGUCACCAAAAGUCCCGGGCCUCAGCAAGGACAAGGAGACAAAUGGUACUGGCAAUACCCAUACUAGGGGCAUUUCUCUCCAGCGGUGGCUGCAGCCAUCAGUCCAGGAUAAGAACAGUAAUGGUCCCCAAAGCAUCAUGAAAGAGACGGGAUUGCAAAUCAAUGGAUGGGGUGAGCACCCUAAGAGCAAGCCUUCUGCCAUCGAGAAAUCUCGGCAAGCGCAGUGGACUUUCACGCAGGUCGUUCAUGAGUCUCUCAAUCCAUCCGUUAACACCCAAGAGGCCGAGGAUUACACGCGCUAUGUCAGCCAUCCUCAGAAUUUGCCUCUGGUCGUCUCCGCCGAGGCGCCCGCGGAUCUUGAGGUCGACGCCGAGUAUGAGGAGUAUCUCAACGGUAACUGGCGGUCCGAUAAUCUUACUCCCAUAGGAGGGGAGGAAGACUACGCCAUCUACUCUGAGCUGUUGAAGGUGGGCGAGAAUCCUCUGACAGUGACGGAAGGCGACGCGUUGAAGAAGCGCUACAAGGCAUAUGGCAAGUGGCUGCGCGGGAAAUCUCUCUUCAAGCAGCAGCCUAUCGACUAG